ACCGGAGGGAGUCGACGCGGCCUGAUGACGUAUGCCCCGGCCGCGGGGUCCACCCGACCCGGUGCACUCGGCGGGGACCCAUUGCUGAGCGGCUCUGGAGCAUGAGGGUCCUCGCAAGGCUGUUUGGAUUCUCAGGAAGUCUUUGGAGAAGGCACGGCUCUCCCCGAACAGGAUCCGAGGCGCUGGCUUUGCUAGCCUGGCCGUCGCCGACAGCACCACUGCUGAGCAAAGUUUCUGGCAUGGUUUUGGAUCCAAGAGAAGGAUUCCCCAGCACGCCUGAAAUGGAACCAAAGGAGAGCGACUGCGCGUUGUUUUCUCCACCCGCUGAGGUGCGCGGAAUGACCAAACUUGACAGAACAGCCUUUAAAAAGACAGUCACCAUCCCGGUGCUUAAGGUGAAGAAGGAAGUAGUCAGUAGAGCCAUGCGGUCGCUUAAAAGGACGGCACUGCAGCGCCCGGGGAUAAAACGUGUGGUCGAAGAUCCCCAGGACCAAGAGAGCAGACUCCUCCUGCUGGAUCCCCGGCAGGUGCUUGGCAGGGACCCCUUUGAGGAGGCAGAGCUCAGGGCUUUGCAGCAGCUGCACGUCGAUCCUCAGCUAUCUGAAUACACUCUGGAACUGACUUACGACAACUUCAAGGCAGAAGAAGUCUUGAGAGCUGUGCUCCCUGAAGGUCAGGACGUAACUUCUGGGUUUAGCAGAGUUGGACAUAUCGCCCACUUGAACCUACGUGAUCAUCAGCUGCCAUUCAAGCAUUUAAUUGGUGAAGUUAUGAUCGACAAAAAUCCAGGAAUCACCUCAGCAGUGAAUAAAAUCACUAAUAUUGACAACACAUACAGAAAUUUCCGAAUGGAAGUGCUGUCGGGAGAGGAGAACAUGAUGAGCAAGGUUCGAGAAAACAACUACACUUACGAAUUUGAUUUUUCAAAAGUCUACUGGAAUCCUCGGCUCUCUACAGAACACAGCCGUAUCACACACCUUCUCAAACCAGGGGAUAUCCUGUUUGAUGUUUUUGCUGGGGUCGGGCCCUUUGCCAUUCCAGCAGCGAAGAAAAAUUGCACUGUUUUUGCCAAUGAUCUCAAUCCUGAAUCCCACAAAUGGCUGUUGCACAAUUGCAAAUUAAAUAAAGUGGACCAAAAGGUGAAGGUCUUCAACUUGGAUGGGCAAGACUUUCUUCAGGGACCCGUCAGAGAAGAGUUAAUGCAGCAGCUGGAACUGUCCAAAGAAAGACAACACUCCGUGCACAUCGUCAUGAACUUGCCGGCAAAGGCCAUCGAGUUUCUGAGUGCUUUCAGAUCGCUUUUAGAUGGGCAGCCGUGCAGCCGUGAGCUCCUCCCCAUAGUGCACUGUUACAGCUUUUCUAAAGAUGCUAAUCCUGCAGAAGAUGUCCGACAACGAGCUGGGGCGGUGUUAGGCAUUUCCCUGGAAGCAUCCAGUUCGGUUCACCUGGUUAGAAAUGUGGCCCCCAACAAGGAAAUGCUGUGUAUCACCUUCCAGAUGCCGGCUGCUGUACUCUACAAGAAGCCGACCACAGAGCCAGAGAAUCACGAAGAUCCACCUGUUAAACGGCAAAAGACAGAAAAAACAUUUCCAGAAGAAAAAACAUCAAUUAUCUCAAACACUUAACUGGAAAUGUUUUCCUCAUCUAUCCACCAGACUUUUAUACACUGAAAUAUAAUUUGUGUGGUUUCACAAAGUAUUGUCUGGUAAAGCAGCAAAGGCUGGCUCAAGUCCGUAGACCCCUGCACCCGCGUGGGCAACCUGGAAGAAAUUUCAGACCGGCAGCCUUCUGGGGAGUGAACCAACAGAUGGAUGAUCUCUCUGUCUCUCCCGUCUCUGAAACUGCCU